UUUCAAUACUGGUAAAAUGACCGUUAAUAGUUGGAACAUCCAAACCAGACUCUGCAUUUCGUUUCUCUUCUACAUGCCUUGUUCAUAUCUUUCUCUCAAUCUCUCUCCACCCAAAAAACUCUCCAGACUCAUCUUCUCCUCUUGCUUCUCAACCCACAUUUCAUCACUCAGAAAUGCCCAAUUCAAUCAAUCACCACCCAUUGUUCACAAACUCUUAUCGUUCUUGCAAGAGGUCUCGCAUUGCCUUUUCCGGGUUAUGUCUGUUCAUGCUCAAAUCAUCACCAACUCACUAUCUUCAGACCAAUUUGUGGCCACCAGACUUGUAAAAGCCUACUCUGAUGUGGGUAGUUUAGAAUCUGCCCGCUGUGUGUUCGAUCAAAUUCCUCAACCACAUGUUUUUCUAUGUAAUGCCAUGAUGAAUGGGUAUUUACGAAAUGAGCUGUAUAAUGAGACCCUCAGGUUGUUCCAGAUGAUGGGUUGUCAUAAUUUAGAAAUUGAUAGUUGCACUUGUACUUUUGCACUCAAAGCGUGUACGGGCUUAUCAGAUUAUGAGAGUGGGAUGGGAAUUAUCAGAGGUGUUGCGGAGAGUAGGAAGGAAAGAGAUCGAUUUUUUGGAAGUUCAGUGAUUAAUUUUUUGGUUAAAUUUGAUCAUAUUGAUGAGGCACAAAGGGUAUUCGAUGGCAUUCGACAUAGGGAUGUUGUUUGUUGGAAUGCAAUGAUUGGAGGUUACGUGCAAGCAUGUCAUUUUAAUGAAGCUAUUGAUCUGUUUUUUGAGAUGCGUGGUUGUGGAAAUAGGCCCACUCCGGUAACUAUGGUGAGCUUGAUGAAGGCAUGUGAAGGGAUUGGAAAUUUACAACUUGGAAAAUGUAUUCAUGGAUGUGUUCUUGGAUUGGGAAUGGGUAAGGAUACUCUGGUGCUCACAUCAUUGCUUGAUAUGUAUAGUAAAAUGGGUCACACUCAAAUUGCUUAUCGGGUUUUUGAGAGGAUGCCUAUGAAAAGCUUGGUAUCAUGGAAUGCAAUGAUUUCAGGAUGUGUUCAAAGUGGUUUGAUUCAUGAAUCAUUUGAACUAUUUCAUAGAUUAGUCAACACCGGUGGUGGGUUUGAUUCGGCAACUACUGUUAGCCUCCUUCAGGGUUGUUCACAAACAGCUGAUUUAGAAACUGGAAAGAUCCUCCACGGUUGCAUCUUAAGAAAGGGUCUUGAAUUAAAUCUCAUUUUAUCGACUACACUUGUUGAUUUGUAUUGCAAAUGUGGUGCAUUAGAUCUGGCAACUUCUACGUUUAACCGUAUGAAAGACAAGAAUGUGAUCACGUGGACUGCUAUGUUAGUAGGGCUAGCGCAAAAUGGGUUAGCAGAAGCGGCUUUGAAAUUAUUUCAUCAGAUGCAAGAAGAGGAAGUUGAUGCCAAUUUUGUCACUCUUGUUAGUUUGGUCCAUUCUUGUGCCCAUUUGGGCUCUUUGAAGAAAGGAAGGAGUGUGCAUGCUCAUUUAAUUCGCAGUGGCUUUGCUUUUGAUGUGGUUAACAUGACAGCCCUAAUUGAUAUGUAUGCCAAGUGUGGGAAAAUGAACUCUGCAGAACGGAUAUUUGAGAAUGGGUAUGUCUAUAAAGAUGUUAUUUUAUGGAACUCUAUGAUAACUGGCUAUGGCAUACAUGGUCAUGGGAAUCAAGCUAUUGGUGUGUAUAGUAGAAUGAUAGAAGAGAGAGUCAAGCCAAAUCAAGCUACCUUUGUUUCUCUUUUAGCUGCUUGUAGUCACUCAGGGCUAGUGGAUGAGGGGAUUAAUCUGUUUAACAGCAUGGAAACCGACCAUAACAUUAGGCCGAAUGAGAAGCACUAUGCUUGCUUUGUGGACCUUCUCGGUCGAGCAGGCCGUCUUGAAGAAGCCGAGGCAUUUAUUAGAAAAAUGCCUUUUGAACCAGGUGGUGCUGUUCUUGAAGCUUUACUGAGUUGGUGCCGUACUCCCAGAAACAUCAAUAUGGGUGUAGAAACUGCAGAUAGAUUGCUUCAAUUAGAUGCCAUGAACCCUGGAAUUUAUGUUGUUUUAUCAAAUAUAUAUGCCGAAGGAAAGAGAUGGGAUGCGGUAGAUCACAUUCGAGGCCUCAUGAGGAAACGGGGACUAGCGAAAAUACCCGGAUAUAGCUUGAUUGAAAUAGGAAACCAAGUAUACACCUUUUUUGCUGGUGAUGAUUCACAUCCAAAGUCGGGUGAAAUUUACCGGUUUAUAGAGACGUUAAGGUUAGAGGUGGAGACUUGUGGGUAUGUGCCCGAUACUAGUUGUGUUCUCCGUGAUGUGGAUGAGCAGAUGAAGGUGAAGUUGCUUUGGGGUCAUAGUGAGAGACUAGCAAUAGCAUUUGGAAUUUUGAGCACACCAGCUGGAAGUUUAAUUAGAAUCACUAAGAAUCUUCGGGUUUGUGUUGACUGUCAUAGUUUGACCAAAUAUAUAUCAAAGAUAGUAAAGAGAGAGAUUAUUGUGAGAGAUGCUAAUCGUUUUCAUCACUUCCUGGAUGGUGAAUGUUCUUGUGGUGAUUAUUGGUGAUGAGGGACUUCUCAAAAAAAUGUGUCUAGUAUUAGUAUUGAGUUGUAGUUGGACAUCAUGGUUCUCACUUAUGGAUCAUCUUACAAGAGAUCAAUUUUCGAUCUCGUUAUGCUCACUGGAUUAUGGCAAAGGACCAAAGACUCAAAGUACAGAGUUUGGCAGUUCUUUGGGUUGGGAAAAAGAGCUACUUGCAAAGAGCACAAGUUGGACAUCCAAGAAGAGCCAUUGGGAUAGCACAUUUUUUUUCUUCCCAUGUGAUAUGUUCGUGUGUGAUUUUUUCACUUUGGAAUGGCAUGAAGUUUUGGAGGCAUUAAAUGGAACCAAAUUUAACAUGAAGAUUAUUAAAAGACUAGCACAUGAAGCAAGUCAACUACUAACUUG